AUGACAAUGUUUGUUCAAUUCUUCGUAUUGGCCUGCGCUUGCGCUGUAGGCUUGGCUCAAUCACCAUAUCUGGAAUAUGACGAGGUAAUUGGUGAAACUUGGGCAACACUGAUAGAAAAUGUCGUAUCAAUGGAUGGAAACAUACCUCAACUGAACGACCCCAGACGCCAUUAUACACAGAUUAUAAAUGUAAUUAAUAAAGCAGGAUCUGAGAGAAGUGGUUGUCUUCUUAUUGAUUAUGAUUCACACUAUCCUGAAAUCAUCAACGGUUCAUUAGCACAGGGCCUUGCCAAUACACAAGAAGUUGUUACUGAAAUCAAAGGGCUAAUCGCAGAUCUAGAGAAUAUAACAAAAGAGGUAGCUGAGAUCGUUAGAGAAGGUGUAACAACCGGCGGGGUACAUGCUAAUCAAUUAAUAUCCGAAGGAAUUAUUUUAAAGGGCAAUCUUACUGAUCAAAAUAACAUGUACGUGGCUCUCGGAGAAGCUGCAGUAGCAUUGUAUAAAAUAAACCCCUUUUUACUGAAAGCGUCAAAGGACUACACCACAACUACAUUCGCAGUUGAGGAUAAAGAAUACAUACUUAAAGAUGCUAUUGAUAAGACUGCUGCCGUUUACCGAAACUAUAAUUACUGGAAGAGGCAACACUCUUGCUAGAACUUGCCUAAAAUAAUA